AUGCCCGACAAAUACUCCAUUAUCUUGCCUACGUAUAACGAGAAGAAGAAUCUUCCAAUUCUUGUCUAUCUCUUGGACAAGACUUUCAGUCAAGAAGGUAUAAACUGGGAAGUCGUCAUUGUUGAUGACAACUCUCCAGACGGUACUCAGAAGGUAGCUGAAAAAUUAAUCGACAUCUUCGGACCAGAACAUAUUCAAUUGAGACCAAGACCUGGUAAGUUGGGAUUGGGAACCGCCUAUGUGCACGGAUUGCAAUAUGUGACUGGUAAUUACGUUAUAAUCAUGGACGCUGAUUUUUCCCACCACCCGGAGGCUAUUCCUAAGUUCAUCGCUAAGCAAAAAGAAGAUGAUUACGAUAUCGUGACAGGUACUCGUUACGCUGGUGAUGGCGGCGUCUUCGGUUGGGACUUAAAAAGAAAAUUGGUUUCCAGAGGUGCUAACUUCCUAGCAUCCACCGUGUUGAGACCCAACGUGUCUGACUUAACCGGAUCUUUUAGACUAUACAAGAAAGAUGUCUUGACGAAGGUUAUUAACGAGACCAAGUCUAAGGGUUACGUUUUCCAAAUGGAAAUGAUGGUUAGAGCAAAGGCCCUUGGUUUUAACGUGGGCGAGGUUCCAAUCAACUUUGUUGACAGAUUGUACGGUGAAUCAAAGUUAGGUGGUGACGAGAUUGUUCAAUACUUGAAGGGUGUAUGGUCGUUGUUCAUCAGCGUUUAA